GUUUUCAUCACCAAAUCAAAAUAAUUUAUAGUACAACUGAUUUAAUCAUUGCAAGAACCAUGAUGAACAAAGAGGAGAUGUCCCUAGAAGAAAUCAUCAAGACCACAAGGAAUCAAAACAAGAACAAAGGUGGAAAAGGAACCACCUUUAAACCAAAGCCAAACGUAACCAAACAAGGGAAAGUUGUGAAGAAAAACGUCCACUCACCAGCUACAUUUAAGAAAAAAUUACAGAACCCCAAGUGGCAAAUGGCAUUUAAUAAAAUGCACCAGAACCUCGGUGAAUUCAAGAUCACAGUCUCCAACCUUCAUUCCAAAGUGAGCGACAGAGAUAUCAAAGACCUGUUUUCGGAGUUUGGCCCUAUUAAAAGUUCGGCCGUUCACUACAACCAACAAGGCGUUUCCUUAAAGAGUGCCCACGUCAUCUUCCACACCAAAGAAGCAGCCUCAAAGGCAUGGAAGACCUACAACGGCGUACCAUUAGAUGGAAUACCAAUGCGUAUUGAAACCUCCGGACCUCAGUCUUUUGGUCAACUGGAGAGGAAACCGAAGGCACUGAAGGGAAGUAACAACGGAGUGGCUUCGUGGAAGGUGAAGCCGUCGUUUAAUGGAAAACCCAACAAAGUAGGACCUUGGAAAGGGCAUAAAGUAACUGACAAGUUUUCGCAGAAGAAAAAAUUUGUCGCAAAGAAGGGGAAAUGUGUUAAGAAGCCGACAGCUGAUGAUUUAGAUGCUGAAUUAGAUGCUUAUAAUAUGAAAAGAGUUUAA